UUGUCUUUAAACGCAAUCAGCGCUGGUCGUGGUGACAGUGGAGGUGACGAGGAGCCCGGGGUGCACUCCGAUAUUUCGGAGGUCUCCGAUCUCUCGGACCUUUCGAAGGCCAGCCUCCGGUCGACUCAGUCAGAGUGGCCACAGACCCGAGGCGGAGGCGGCGUGGCUAGCCGACCGGUGCAUGCGAGUGGAACAGUCAGUUUAAGUGGGGUUGGCGUCCGCGGAGCACGAGCCACUGGUCCGCCGACAGCUCGGGGGGCUCGAUCCUCGGCCCCUUCGGCUGCCCAUGCGUUCGGCGGUGGCAAUACGGUCAACAGUCCGAAGUUUUCUUGCGAGUUUGGCUCUUCAACGCCCUCAAACAUCACGACCAGAGCCAUAGUCUCUGCUGGGGCUCGAAGCGAAGGUGGGCUGGGCGGCAACGGAAAGCGAAGUAAAGCGAGCGGUGCCUCAGAUCCAGGCUUUGCCUCCAUUUCAACGGGCAGCGCAGCCUCAGCCUCAGCUCUGGUCGCCACCAAAUCGACGAGCCCGAGUCCCGGACAGUCGAGUCGGGCGAGUCUGGCGCCGACUCCGGUCUUGCUCUCAGCCUCCGACCAACUGCCCGGCAUCGGACACCCGAGGUCGGCUAGAGGCAAUGAGUCUGGUGCUUCCAGUGGCCGAAAGAGGCGGCCCAGUAUCGGGCAGAAAUUUUCUACUGUUCUGGGUCUAUCACGAAAGAGUAGCAGCACUUCGAAUCUUGGUGAGCGAGUCUUCUGCUCUUAUCCAGCCAACCCAUCUCAACGGUUUUGCGCUUGGCGGCACUAA